UCCGGCUCCCCUCGCCGUCCUCGGCCACGGCGGAGUGCGGAUCCGCAAAUUCUCUGGCCUUUGAUCCCUGCCGUUCAGAUCUUGGGCCCUGUGCACACCUCAGUCUUCCCAGCAGCCACACCAUGAACACCUCCCCAGGCACGGUGGGCAGUGACCCGGUCAUCUUGGCCACUGCAGGCUAUGACCACACUGUGCGGUUCUGGCAGGCCCACAGCGGGAUCUGUACCCGCACGGUGCAGCACCAGGACUCUCAGGUGAAUGCACUGGAGAUCACACCAGACCGCAGCAUGAUUGCUGCUGCAGGUUACCAGCACAUCCGUAUGUAUGAUCUCAACUCCAAUAACCCCAACCCCAUCAUCAGCUAUGACGGAGUCAACAAGAAUAUUGCCUCUGUGGGCUUCCAUGAGGACGGCCGCUGGAUGUACACUGGCGGAGAGGACUGCACAGCCAGGAUCUGGGACCUCAGGUCCCGGAACCUGCAGUGUCAGCGGAUCUUCCAGGUGAAUGCCCCCAUUAACUGUGUGUGCCUGCACCCCAACCAGGCAGAGCUCAUUGUGGGUGACCAGAGCGGUGCUAUCCACAUCUGGGACUUGAAAACAGACCACAACGAGCAGCUGAUCCCCGAGCCCGAGGUCUCCAUCACAUCUGCCCACAUCGACCCCGACGCCAGCUACAUGGCGGCAGUCAAUAGCACUCCCCUACCCAGCCACCAAAGCCAGAAAGUUGGUGUCACUCCUGAUGCCACCUCUCGUUACCUGCCACAGCCCACCCAACAGGGAAACUGCUAUGUCUGGAAUCUGACGGGGGGCAUUGGCGACGAGGUGACACAGCUUAUCCCCAAGACCAAGAUCCCUGCCCACACACGCUAUGCCCUGCAGUGCCGCUUCAGCCCCGAUUCCACGCUCCUCGCUACCUGCUCGGCCGACCAGACGUGUAAGAUCUGGAGGACGUCCAACUUCUCCCUGAUGACGGAGCUCAGCAUCAGGAGCAGCAACCCUGGGGAGUCGUCCCGUGGCUGGAUGUGGGGCUGCGCCUUCUCAGGGGACUCCCAGUACAUCGUCACCGCUUCCUCGGACAACCUGGCCCGGCUCUGGUGUGUGGAGACUGGAGAGAUCAAAAGGGAGUAUGGCGGCCACCAGAAAGCUGUUGUCUGCUUGGCCUUCAAUGACAGCGUGCUGGGCUAGCCUGUGCCCCUAGGGAUUGCAAGCAGCCGUCAGGCAUUUGGGACUGCCCGGUGCAGGUGGCACCAGUUGAAUGUAUUUGUACAGCCCCCAGGUCCGAGUGAAACCCCAUGGGCUAGCCUCUACCAGCCCAGAUGAGCUGGCCCUGCCUGGACUACCCUGGCCCCCCUCGGCCAGCCUAGACUUGCCAGGCUGGCCCGCCUGGGGCUCCCUUGGCCCUGGUUGUGUGUCUGGAUGUGACAGGGCACAGGAGGCCUGCCCAAGCCAGGCUGCAUUUCACUUGGCUGGGAUAGCCUGCGCUCCCUUCAAGAAGCUGGGACCCCCAGGGUCUGGAGAGGGAGUUGAGGCUGGUGCCCACCCCCAUGCCGGUACUCUGCCCUGCCCCCCGCCCAUUUCAGGCCCUGAGGCCACAAAGCACGCUGGACUGCUAGGUGGAAGGGUUUAUUAGUUCCUGCUGCAGCUGCCCUCCAGGGUGCUGGCAACCUGGGGACAGGGUGGGCCUGUGGGGACCCAGGCCGGGCUGAGCCAGGCCAGAGGGCUUAGUCUGGGAGGUAAUAAAAGCAGACUGACACACA